AUGAGGAAACAAGCCUUGAGGAAUUCAUUAUACAAGAUUCAUGAGUUGGGUGCACUGUGAAUAAUACAAGAAGAAGCACAGAGCGAGUGUGGUUAGAGCAAUCAGGCCGGCUGAUUUACUCAUCAGUAAAUGCCGCAGUAGACGAAAAAGCGGUAGAGAAACAGACACCACUGACAACUGAGAGCUGAAAUCAGAAGGAAAAGAGAGAGAGAGAGAGAGAGAGAAAGCUUGUUUUGGAAAGACAAAAAAUUGAUAGUUUUAGGAAUUGAAGAAACAUCAAAGAGAAGUUAAUACAGUAAUAGUUUCUUGUUGUCUGUGACGGUUUCAUUCUAAUCAUGGAGUUGAUCAUAAGGGACAGUUUCUCUUCCUCGUCUCUUUCUAAAAGUCGAAGUCCCUCCCUGGGGGCCGUAUCGGCUUCAGCCACGCCCACCGGUCAACGAAAUAACAGACGAAAGAUAACAGUCAUUGAUGGCAACUUUCAGAGUCAGAAUGACUUAGAUCGGAGCCAAACCCCACCUCCUUUUUUAAACCCGAAUAUUCCCUCGCCACGUCAUUCUGGAACCCCUUCAACCGAUUCCCUUCGACCACGGGCCAUGACGUCCCCACCCGUAGACCUGCGUAAUGGACGUGACAGUCGUUCCAUGUCACACCUGGACGUGAUUCGUGCUCCCUCACCUUCACUGAGUUGGAGGAGUAGUACCAGCUCUAUAGCAGAUACAGCAGUUUCAUCUCUCAUCCAACCUCCUUCGUCAGAACACAAGAUACUACAAGACAUCAAGAAGCAAAUGACACAGUCGUUUCUACACUCAAAAAGCUUAGAAAGAGAAGUUAGUAAAAUACCAAAGCUUCGGUCGGACUUGCAAGCAAUGUAUCGAGAGAGAGAAAAAUUGAUGAAUGAGCUACUGGAGCAAAGAGCGAUUGUACUACAGUUGAAACAGAGAGUGUCUCUACUACACGAGCAAAACCAGGAGCUGGCGAAAUUAGCAAAGUCUGACUCGAGUAGCAACAAGCAAGUACUUGCCAUUCGUAAUACACUAGUAACAACAAUGGCACAAUUGAAACAGAUGGAGGAUCAGGUUCAAGGGAUACCGCUAUUAAGGUCACAGAUACGAGAGUUGGAAGAACAAGUAAAAGAGGCAGAGAUUAGGGGUGGAGACCGACCAAGAGUUCCGUCAGAUCUACCCGAAGGUGUGAGUAGCGAGACUUACGUGAGUCUACUAGAAGAGAACCAGAAACUCAAAUCGGCUAACGCACGCAUAAUGGAAGAGAUGAAGUCGGUUUCUAAGCAUUUAUCUGCCGUUACUGAGAACUGUGACAGCAUCCAGUCGAGGAUGGAGCAAUUCCAUUCAUCACAAAACACCUCCGGCCCCCUACAAGAGCGUAUCAAGAAACUCGAAGACGAAAAGUCCUCACUUUACCAGGAACUGGUCGACGCUAAAUAUCGUAAUGAUAACGAGACUGAUGUUGAUUUGGCUCACCUCAAGAAAGAGGUUCGGUCUGUUAAAAAGGCAAACUCAAGACUGAGGGCAAAGAUAGAGAGCAUGAAGAUGGAGUCGAGGACUCAGAAGGAGCAACUGGUACUGAAGCUGUUUGAGAUUGAGUCUCUAAAUGUGAAGACAUCAAAGUAUGAGAUGGAGAAACAAUUACUGGAAAUGGAGCAAGUACAAGUCCAGUCCGAGGGGUCUUUCCCUUCCUCUCCUUCAGCAGCUGCUGCCGCUGGCUCAACCUCAGACGACCCACUAAGAGAACUCUCUCCAGACGGACGAGCACUGAUCCUAAGAUUCCAACAGCUAGAGGUACACUCACACGAGAUGCAGAGCAUCAUAAAGACAUUCGUAUCGGAAAGACAAGAAAUGGAGUCGAAAAUAGCCGAGCUAACGGCUCGUCUAAAUGAGACUGCAAUUGAUGAUCUACAGAGACAGAUAGAGGAGUCUGAUAGCAAACUAGUCAUAGCACGAGAGAGGAUACGACAGUUGGAGGAGACUAUUGCUCGUAGGUCUUUGAGUCCGGAGAUACAGGGAGUGGAGGACGAGCGAGAUUCUUUGAAACGUCAAGUGAAAGAAAUGAAAGUUGAGCUACGACGACUAUCAGUUAUAGAGCAACAGGUGGUAGCUAAGGAGAGUGCUGGAGAUGAGCUUGUAGAGACGAGAGAGAAGUUCGAAAAGACGAAGAUCGAGCGAGAUCGUUUGAGUCGAAAGGUGAAAGAGGGUCGGUCAAGGUUAAAGUCUCUCGCCGGAGAUCUUAAAAAGUCUGCAGAACUUGUGGAAAUAUAUCAAGGACAGUGUACUAAGAUGGAGAAAGAAAUGAGUGAGAGUACGAAGGAGAUUGAGCGAUUGAAGGAAGAACUGGCAAAAACAAAAGCGUCCCUGGAGGUGAACGAAAUGAGCAAUAAACUGAACGAGAAGAAAAAUGGAGAGGAGGGAGGAGAAGAAGAGACUGAUAGUUCUGAGGAUUUGAGAACUAAAAUCGAAGAAUUGUCGACUCAAAUUGUUUCAUUGUCUGAGGAGAAGGAAACUGAGUCUAAGGCAAGUGAAGAGAAAAUCCAGUCUUUGACUGAGGAGUUGAAAUCGAUGAAAGAGCAAAGAGAUAGUGUACAAGCAUCUUUGAAUCAAAACGAAAUGAAACUUAAAGAAAUCCAAGCAACUCUGAAGGAGUACGAGAGCUUUAAAGCAGAGCUUGAGAAAGUUUCGAAAAACCUCUCGGAAAAAACCAAGUCUUUUAAUGAGCUUCAGUUCCAGUUGGAAGAAGCUAAAAAUAACCGCGACGCACUGUCUAAAGAAAAGGAGAACUUAGUACAGCAGAAUUCUGAGCUGACACAAAAAUUGUCUUCUAUUUUAUCUGAAAACGACUCGCUAAAGCAAAAAGUGGAACUUCUUUCUCAAGAGACACCAACUCUAACAAGACAAAGCACUGAGUUAAGAGUAGCUCGAGAUGAAAUGGAAAGAAAACUCAGUCUAGCUGAGAAAAAGUGUGAGACCCAAAUCACAAAGACCCAAGAGCUCGAGGAAAAGCUUGAAGCCGCCCACGAGUUUUCUCGUGACCUCAAAAAGAAGCUCCGCCUACUUCAGUCGGACCUUGACGAAGCUGAGUCAGCAGUUGACGAGACGAGAACUACUGAAGAGAAAUUGAAGGGAGAACUGAGAGAAUUAAAGAAAGAGAGAGACACACUCCAGCAAUCGGUAAUAGAUAAGGAAGGGAAGUUGAAAGAGUCAAGUAUAGAGACAGAAAAAGGAGCUCAGAAAUUAGCAGAGGUUGAGAUGAAGCUACAGUCUUUAACGAAGCAACUUGAGAAAGAAAAAUUGCAAAAGGUUUCUGUCGAGAAAGAACUCAAGGAAGCUAAGACGAUCGAAAUACCUAAACUUCAUUCAGAGCUGGCAAAGACAGUGACAGAAAUGGGUCAACUAACGACUGAUUAUUCAUCAAGAGUAGCUCGGAUCAGGGAACUGGAAGGUUCUUAUCAAAAGAGCGAAUCAGAGAAAUUGAAUCUAUUACGAAAAACCGAAUCACUCGAGAGAGAGAAAACCUCGUCGACAGACAAAGUUUCGAGCCUAAAAUCAGAACUGGUUGCUAAGAAUGAUGAACUAAGACACCUUCAGUCGACUCAUUCAAAUUCCCUACUCCACAAUCAAAAGCUAAAUGAAGAGCUUAAGAAGACUCGGGAUGAGCUUAGAAAAUUGCAAGCUGCCCACUCGAAAAAGAAAGUCGAAGCGACGUCGCUCAAAGCAGAGUGUAACAAGUUAAAAGACGAAGGGAAAGAGUCUCAGACUCAAGCAAACAAGCUAGAAUCACAGCUGCAAGCUAAGGAGACUGAGCUUAAGAAUGCAGUGCUUAAAAUACAAGAACUUGAAAGCCUCAAAAUAAAAAUAAAAGAGAAGGAGACACAGUGCGAGAUGCUAACAGCUACCAGGGAUAAUCUGCUCCAUAGACUGGAUAAAAUGGAGAAGUUGGAGAUGGAUUAUGAAGUGUUGAAGCAUCACGUUCAGGAGACGCUGGGCCAGUCAUCACAAUUGAAGAAUGAUAAUAAAGCAUUGCUGAAUAUACUGAAGGGAGUUGAGAUGGAGAUGCCAGCUCUAGAGAAGGAAGCCACAAGAUCAUUGCAAGAAGAGAACUUGGAGCUGCAUCAGCAAGUGUCACUGUUGAGUCAAUGGAAUGAUAAACACGAGCAGACGAUAUCAACACUAGAGCAGCAGCUGGAGACACUUGAUAAUGACAACAAACAAUUAUCAUAUCAACUGACACAGACACAAGCACUUGAACAAACUAAUAAUUUAUUAAAGAAGGAAUUGGCUGAGGUUGAGAUUGAAGUGAAUCGACUAAAGAGACAAGUACAUGAGGAAAUGAGAGCAGACGAAGUAAGAGAAGAAACAAAAGUCAAACUAGAAACACAAACCCAACUAGUGACCGUCUUCAAUGAGCAUAACAGAGCACUGCAGAUACAGGUCGUACAGUUGCAGAAUCAAGUAAAGCAACUAGGCGGAAAAUUGGAGCGGGACAGGCCAGUCACUCCACCACCUAUGCCAGAGCUACCUUUAAAAGAUGUAUCAUUUGAUGCCCAGCAUUGUUCAGAGCUUAAGAUGCAGAAUGCUGCCCUCCAGCAACAGAUUGGACGACUGCAGGCUGAACUGCUGGUAGCUCAAGAGUUGUCUCCUGCCAUUCGUAGACGUAGUUCAACCUUAUUGGCAGUUUCUAGUGUAUCAUCAGCUCCUAAAAAUGAAGACUGCUUUGUUAGUGUUCCUGAGGAUGUCUUGCUCUCAUGUACAAUGCUUGCUGAUGCUUUUACCAGCAAAAACAAACUAUCAAAAGAACAAAUGGAUUCAUAUGUACAGUCUAUAGCUGACUGCUGGUUUAAAGUAGUACCACAGAAGAAGCUCACCUCAGACUGUCUUAAAUCAUACAUUACAACUUUUAAUCGACUCUCACCAAAAUUGCUUGAAAUAAUAGUCAAUAUGCAAGAUGCCAGGGGUAAUUCAGCAUUACACCACACACUAGCAAAUGGUAACUUCCCUGCAGUAUCAGUCCUACUGGAUCUAAGUUGCUGUGACACUAACAUCACUAAUAAGGCUGGAUACACUCCUCUAAUGCUGGCUGCAGCUCAUAAUGUUGAAUGUGGUAAUGAUAAACCAAUCAUACAGAAACUGUUAAGCAAAACUGAUAUAAAGAUAAGAUCUAAAAUAGAGCUUCAGACUGCACUGAUGCUGUCAGUCUCCAGUGGCUCAUUGGGUCUAGUUACACUGCUGUUAGAAGCUGGGGCUGAUAUUAAUGCACAAGAUAAAGAUGGGUCCACUUCACUAAUGUUUGCAUGUGAGAAAGGUUACACCACCAUAUCUCAACUCCUCCUCUCUCAUCCUUCAUGCAAUACACAACUGAAGGACAAUGACAAUCAAACUGCUCUUGAUAUUGCUAAGUCAUGUGGACACACUCAACUCUGUGACAUACUCAAGAACACUCAGUCUGAGAAAAGCUGAUUUUUAAAAAUUUAUUUGUAUUUUUCAAUCAAUGGCUCUAUACCAUGUAUAACCUUUCAGUUAUUAUUAUUAUUCAUUAAUUAUUCAUUGUAAUCAGUGACUAUGUUUUUCACGACAAUCUUUCUCAAUUUAUUUUUUAUGAUCAAUCAUUUUAGCUUUUUUAUAAUCACAAAUUUGAA